AUGAUUUUAUUGGUAGCUGUGGCCGUGGUCAGGGCUCGUAAAUGCGAACCUGGAUGGGCCGAGUUUAAGGAAGAUUGCAUCUAUUUUGGUCAUGACCGUACAACUUGGGAUGAUGCAGAAAGAAGAUGCAGGGAUAGGGGAGCAUGGCUUCUCUCAGAUGACAAUGAAGAAAAGCACGACUUCCUAUCGGACCUCUUGGAAGUUCUUUUCAAUUGGCAUUAUGAACGAUUUUUCAUCGGUGGGUCGGACUAUUAUUUCGAGGGGCAAUUCCGUUGGGUAGAGACCGGUGCGCCCGUCGGUCCUUUUUCAAGGUGGGCAGCAGGACAGCCUCAAAUAAACAACACCCGUAAUUGCCUUAUGUUAAUGUGGGAGAACGAUGACCUGGUCUGGUCCGACCAACUGUGCAGGCCCCGAGAGUCCACAUACUACCUUUGUGAGAAACUUGGUAACACUACAACUGGACCAGGGAUUAUAGGAUAA